GCAGUCUGAGUGCUCUGAGCGGAGGGGGAGGUGGCUGGGUGCUUCUCCCGCGUCCGCCAUUUUGUUGCUGUGGCUCUUGGGAACGGGUUAGAUAAAACCGCACCGGAGACGCGACGCUCUUUGGAUUCUGGUGCUUGGCGGGGCAGCAGGAUUCGCUGCAGAGCCGUGGGGGACGCGCUCCAGACUAGGAGUCCCUAGAGGUACCCUCCCUGGUACUCAGGGCAGCCCGUGAACCCCUGGCCGGCCUCCACUGCGGCUCGGCUUCGCCCGCCCUGACCUCGGGCUCUGCCCGCACCCUCCGGGCGGGUUCCCUCCGUGAGGCGGCCCCGGCGCAAGCGGGCGGCGGCGGAGGAUGCUGCGAUCCCGGAACCGAGAGGAAGGUGCUGGCUCGGCCCUCUAAGCGCGUCUCGAGGUGUUCCGAGAGGCCCUUCUUUGGCCCUAGAGCCGUUUAUUGGGCAAAGGAGUCCAUAGCAGGCGAGAGCAGCUGCUGCCCCGGCCCGCCACAGAGCCCCGGCCCAGCAUCAUGUCCUCCGCCAGGUUCGACUCCUCAGACCGCUCGGCCUGGUACAUGGGACCGGUGUCUCGCCAGGAGGCGCAGACCCGGCUUCAGGGCCAGCGCCACGGCAUGUUCCUAGUCCGCGACUCCUCCACCUGCCCCGGGGACUACGUGCUGUCGGUGUCCGAGAACUCGCGAGUCUCCCACUAUAUCAUCAACUCGCUGCCCAAUCGCCGUUUUAAGAUCGGGGACCAGGAGUUUGAGCACUUACCGGCUUUGCUGGAGUUCUACAAGAUCCAUUACCUGGACACCACCACCCUAAUCGAGCCCGCGCCCAGGUAUCCGAACCCACCGAUGGGAUCUGUUUCAGCACCCAAUCUGCCUAUGGCAGAAGAAAAUCUGGAAUAUGUACGGACUCUUUAUGAUUUUCCUGGGAAUGAUGCUGAAGACCUGCCCUUUAAAAAGGGUGAGAUCUUGGUGAUAAUAGAGAAGCCUGAAGAACAGUGGUGGAGUGCCCGGAACAAAGAUGGCCGGGUUGGGAUGAUUCCUGUCCCUUAUGUUGAAAAGCUUGUGAGAUCUUCACCACACGGAAAGCAUGGAAAUAGGAAUUCCAACAGUUAUGGGAUCCCAGAGCCUGCUCAUGCAUAUGCUCAACCUCAGACCGCAACUCCUCUACCUGCAGUUUCCAGUACUCCUGGGGCAGCGAUCAACCCCUUGCCAUCUACACAGAAUGGACCUGUCUUUGCAAAAGCAAUCCAGAAAAGAGUACCCUGUGCUUAUGACAAGACUGCCUUGGCAUUAGAGGUUGGUGACAUUGUGAAAGUUACAAGGAUGAAUAUAAAUGGCCAGUGGGAAGGCGAGGUGAAUGGGCGAAAAGGGCUUUUCCCCUUUACACACGUCAAAAUCUUUGACCCUCAAAACCCGGAUGAAAAUGAGUGAUUGCUGUUGCCCCAUUUCCUGCUGCUUCGUUGCCACAGUCUCCUUUGAAAUGGGAAAGUAUUCUAAUAGGCAAAUUACACUGCAUUGCCGGCAUCCAGCUUUUUACAGACUGGCCAUCUGUCAUACACAUUUGGAAUGCACACAGUGGCUGCCUCGGCAUUUGUAUCAUAGUUGUAUUGUCAAAGAGUAGCCGAUUGUAGAGUUCUUUGGAGCAUAAACUGGAAAUACUGGUGGAAGCACACAAGUGGAGAGAAGUUAACAAAGGAUCUUCCUUCUCAUCACUGCUCUUUGUACUGAGACUGAUUCUGUCAUGUCCAUCAGAGAAAGCUUGAGGCCAUGGCAAGACACUGCACAUUGCUGUUCCACAAAGCAGUGCCUCGGUCGCCAUUUUGUUUUCCUUUGAAGAUCAGAAAGUGAACCUUAAAGAAGAGGGAAUUUCGUCUUAAACUCCCAAGAUCUGAAUUUCGUUUUCAUAUGGUUUUAGAACACCAAUUAGAAUUUUUGUGUUCUAAACAGUUUUUAAGUAGCAGGUUGGAUUUCUGUGAUAUUACAAGGAAUAACACGUGCCUCUUAGCUUCUAAACUGAAGCUGCUCUAACUAAAGGAAUAUGAAAAUCAACUCUGAAGCUGAGGCCUUACUGUCUUGGUUGCCAUAGAAAACAACACAAAAAAAGUCCAUCAGUCCCAGUGUGCCAGGCUGUGUGCAGUCUCUUGGAUUACAUUGUCUUCAAAAGCAUCCGUUUGUGUGUGUUGGGGGAGGGGGCGGCUUGGGGAAAACCUUUGCUUACCUUGUUUGCCAGUGACAGGGAGUACUUGGCCCAUUUUCUGCCCAGUGUGUCAGUGAGUGCACCUCCUUUUAAAGUGCAGGACUAUAAUUUCUUUAAAAAGUUGAGUUUGUUUAUAGACUGAAGCCCAUUCCUCCCUGCCUCCGCUCAGACUCACAAGGCUGCCAGAGAAAAGAUAGUGAUGCUUAAUACUGCAUCCACAGUGUAGGCAUCCACCAUGCUUCCAAGCAAAGAAAAAAAAUGCAAGUUUUGAAAAUUGGUUAAUGAAAUUGAUGUCUGAUGUUUUAGUGAUAGGGAGACCCAUUAACUGAUUCACCAUUAACCGUUGAUCAGUGUGAUGUUCAGGUUUCCUUGUCAGCUAAAAAGAGGCCUAUUCAUACAACUCAGCUGGUACAGAUGUGUGACCUGACCCUAAUCUGCAUGUAGCAGACUAGAAUUUUGGAACCUUUAUGCAUUCUUGUUUCCUUUCUGAACACUGGUGAAAGACAGGCUUCUGCUCAGAAUGAAUAUAGCAGACCUAGAAAUGUAGCAACAACCUAAUUAGUAACUAUCAUUUACUGAACAUCAAGUUAUAAACCAUGGUCCUGUCUCCAGAGCCACAUAGGUUUUGAGGUUUAGAAUGAUGUACCAUGAAGACAGAAACUGCUCAUCAGCUAUUUUGGGGGGGGGGUUAUCUUUAAAUCAGUAUUCCAUCAGGCAGGUAGCUGCCAUAUUAAAAAAUCUUGAUGACAAAAUUAAUGGUCACUUGAGAAAAAACCACUGUGGCUGCCUGUCUGUGGAAAUUUCCUUGGGGCGAAGAAGAAAAAAAAUCGGCCCCCUCCUGAUCAGUGAAAACUGUAACCACCUUCUGCUCAGACAGUGCCUGUCCAUGCAUUUGCCUCUUGUUCUGAGUUUGAGCCCAGCCUGCCACCCCCAACAUGUGACAUUGUGGCAGGUUCCCUGCACUUUGGCUGGAAAUGGUGAUUACCUAGCGACCAGCGACCUGAUGUGGCAGGAGGAGGAAUAUAUAUGUGCCAUGCUCAAAGAGGGCACAAGCCCUAAGGCCUUUUUAAGCUAAAUUCAGCAGAGAGGCUCGCACCUUUUGGUGACAGUGGUUAUGAAGGGGUGAUUUCAGAGCACAAGAAGUGUAUGGCAGACAAGGUUUCCUUUCAGCCUGUUUUCUGACUAGUAGCAAGGUCCACCUCAUGUGGAAGACUUCAGAAUAAGAACACCCCAUAAACCUAGAUUUGUCUUCAUAAGAAGUCUGCUUAUUCCUUCAGCCUGUGUAUAUGUCUGGGGCUGUCCAAAACGUAGCACAAAAUAAAGUGAGUUCUGAACUGUCCAGAUAUGUGCCAAAAGUAGUACCUUUUUGACUGAGAACCUUAGGUUUUUAAUCAGGCUGGGAAAUUCUUUUUCACACUAAAUAUACAAAAAAAAAGGGGGGGAGGGGCUUUAUACCUGGGUUCCCCAAUGAUCUGGAAAGAGAUCUGUGCUUCAUAAAUUGAUGUGACUCACCUGAGCUGCCUUCCCUCCUGGGUGGAUUCCCAUUUCAGAUCGUUCAUAAUUGCUACUUGCUCUGCUCUGCUCUGCUAUGUGUGGUUUAAGAAAAAUUUGGGUAUUAAAAUAACUCACUUGGGAAGUGAAUGAAUUAAGUACUAAAGGGCGCUUGACAGUUUGACUAAAAACCUAGUUACCCUGGGAAUGACCUCCAUCACAGAAGUCAUCCUUGUCACUUCUGUGUGGUGUGGUGCUGCCUGAUAACAAGGAUUAAUGGAGAGGGCACAUUGAUUGGCUGCCAUUUGAUGACUGGUUGCCUAGAAGAGGCACCUCUGUAUUCAUGGUUGGAAAACUCAAAGGAGGGAAGGACAGCUGCCCCCCUUAGAGCUCAAGAAUCGCAGGCACUGUGCCAACUUUCUUUUUACAGCUGUUUACAGACAAGGCAGGCCAAGACAGAUGGCCACUGCUCUUAUGUUUGCUCAGAGGAAUAUGAACAUUUUAUUUUUGAAAAGGGAUCAUGUGUUUUGUGCUAGGUGUUUAUAAUUUAAUCCUAAUAUUGUGUUCAUUAACCUCUUCAAAUGAGUCAAUUCCUGAUUGUUUUAACACAGUACCUAAGACUAAUGCUUUCUGUGGACACCACUGAGCUCUGCCUCAAACUUCACCCUCUGGGAUCAGACAACUAUGUCCCUGGUAACUGCUGUCAGUGUGGACACUGAGCUAGUUAUAUAUUUUAAAGGAGUAGAAAAACAGUUCUCUGAGACAGGGUCGUUGUCUCUGCAGGAAGAACAGUGGCCUUGCUUCUAGACGGUCUUCACUGUGUGUUUUAAAAAAGAACACAAAAACUUUUGACCUGUAACUUAAAGAUCUUAAACUUCAGGCAAUAUUUUCUGUGUAAGCUUUUAAAAUUAUUUUUGAGGAUAAUAGCUUGUUUUAUUUUGUGCUAUAAAAAUAACAGUAUUAAAUGAUUUAUAUUCUUAGAAUACAUGGAGUGUCUUUUCUUAACAGAUUAGUGCCUUUUUAUUUUUGUAUUCCAUUUUAUGUUACUGGUCCCAGCAUCAGAGCCCUUAUUUCCAUGGCCUGUUUGUACCUUGUCUCAAUAAAACUUGUAUCAGCCAGUGGCAGCGGCAGCUUUGCUGUUUUGGUGUCUCCUCAGUGCCUGGAGGCCUUCAGCUCCCACCAGCGAGCAGCUCAACACCAGGUGAAACAUGUGUGAGAUAUUUGCUUCUUUGAGGAUGCAUCCUGCGACCCAGCCCCAACCACACUGCUGACCACAAAACAGAGUGGGGUCUUGUGUUGACCCUUUCCCACACUCAGGGCUCCCUAUGAAAGAGAGACCACUGACUCCCAAUGAGCACAGUGGAACUGGUGCAUCCACAUUCUAAGAAUGUGCCAACAGUUGACAUGCAGUGUAACGCCGAGGAAAAAUUUUCUUCAAGGCACCCAUACCGGAAGACUUCUGUUACUUGUUUAGCACAAGCUAGCCAGAGUUGGAUGGGUUUCAAGGAGACAUGAAAAACAGACUCAUCCUGUCAGGAUGUGAUAGCAAACAGCUCUCUUAAAUCUGUCUGUGAAUGACCCUCCUGAUGAACUCCGGGACCUUCAGGUGGACAUCUUAAAGUGGGGAGGCCCACUAUCUUCCAUGAGGGGCUCACACUGAUAGCCCCUCAGCUGCAUGUACCCUGUUCCCAUACCGAUGUGUGUAUUGAGAGAUUUUGCUGUAACCUCCGAAAAGUGAGUUUUGGGAAGUACACAGAUCCAUAUUUAUACAGAACUAUGCUGCUAAAAGGCACUUCUUAGCUCCUACUUUGAGGAUUCUGCAGAGCUUGUGAGAAAAGUUUGUCUUGAAUGAAAAUAUCAAAGCUGUCAAAUCAUUCUGGAAGAAACAAUGACAUACCUAUGAAAUGCGUUUAAGUUUGAAAAGGUUUAUUUUGGUCAGCAAUUAGGGCCUGGGUUCCUAUUUACUGGGCAAACUCUACAGUGCCCCUGGGUUUGGAGCCUGCCUCCUCUACCUGCUUCCCAGGUUGGUUUUCUGGCAGAGGUCAGGGCCAGGUGUCUUGAAACAUCACCUGACAUCAGAAACCAUGACACUUGGGGGAUUUUCACUGAGGCUCUUUCUCACACCCAGCUCCCUCUGGAGACCUGACUUGGCCCUGCUCUUCCCUGCACACCCUGCUUCUCUGGCUCAGCUGUCAGCUGGGAACACAGCUAUUGUGGCCUAGCCCAGGAAAGCUCUGGGUAUAGACUUGGUGAUGUUUACAGCGGUAGGGUGGAAGGUAAGGGUGCGCUGGGUGCGCUGGAGCCCAGGUGGAUUCAAGAAGCCACACUAGCAGUCAAGGAAAGGGAAGGGGAAGUAAAAGUAACCCAGGCUAAGGGAGCAGCUCAGGGCAAGGGCUGGGAAGCUCCUGGCUUUGCCUUGGCCGUUCCGCGCUUGCUUCUUACUGGGACUGAGGACUUGCCCGGGAGCCCCUCAGGUGUCAUCAGUAUCGUCGUCCCCCUCCGCGCUGCACGGGUCCUGCCCCAGGUUCUGACUUAGGAGUUGCUUUGUUAACUCCAGAG